AUGCGUCAUUUGCUCAUUGCCAUGCUUCCUUUGCCACGGCCCAGUGUGUUUGUCCCCACCCUCACCCGAGUAUCCUUCAAACUGCUGUGUGUAGAGGAGAACCAGUGCCCCAUUGUAUCUAGGGGCUCCCCAGGAAAGGCCUGGCUCUGGGCCUCUUCUUCCCCGGCCACAGUGCUGACUGUGGUUCUCAGCUCCAGCUGCAUGCAGGACCCUUCAUCCGAGGAGUCUGUGCUUCUGAGUUAUGAAAUGGUGGGCCCUGGGGCAGGUAGCAGGCUUCACUGGUUUCUUUUGAUGUGGCCAAAAGUUCAAUUGAACCUUUCUUCCUUUGUUUUGCAGGUCACGGCCAAGACUGCCUUCCUAUUUAUUUUACCUCAAUAUAACGUUAGCGUGCCUGCUGCAGACAGUGAGACCGUGCACUACCACUAUGGCCCGAAGGACCUGGUCACCAUCUUGUUCUACAUUUUCAUCACCAUCAUCUUGCACGCCGUGGUUCAGGAGUACAUUUUAGAUAAAAUCAGCAAACGGCUUCAUCUCUCCAAGGUCAAACACAGCAAGUUCAAUGAAUCCGGACAGCUCGUCGUCUUUCAUCUCAGCUCGGUGAUCUGGUGCUUCUAUGUGGUGGUGACGGAAGGAUACUUAACAAACCCAAGAAGCCUCUGGGAAGACUACCCACACGUGUACCUCCCCUUCCAGGUGAAGUUCUUCUACCUAUGCCAGUUGGCCUACUGGCUGCAUGCACUUCCCGAGCUAUACUUCCAGAAGGUACGGAAGGAGGAGAUUCCCCGCCAGCUCCAGUAUAUCUGCCUGUACCUGGUACACAUAGCUGGAGCAUACCUCCUGAACCUCAGCCGCCUGGGUCUGAUCUUGUUGCUCCUGCAGUACUCGACUGAGUUCCUCUUCCACAUGGCUCGGCUCUUCUACUUUGCAGAUGAAAACAACGAGAGGCUGUUCAGUGCCUGGGCUGCUGUCUUUGGGAUCACCCGUCUCUUCAUCCUCACCCUUGCCGUGCUGGCCAUUGGCUUUGGACUGGCUCGCGUGGAAAACCAGGCGUUUGACCCCGAGAAAGGGAACUUCAACACGUUGCUUUGCAGGCUCUGUGUGCUGCUGCUGGUAUGUGCUGCCCAGGCCUGGCUCAUGUGGCGCUUCAUCCACUCCCAGCUGCGGCACUGGCGGGAAUACUGGAACGAACAGAGUGCCAAGCGGAGAGUCCCAGCUGCCCCCAGACUACCCGCCAGGCUCCUCAAGAGGGAAUCUGGUUACCAUGAAAAUGGAGUGGUGAAAGCAGAGAACGGAACCUCCUCACGGACUAAGAAACUCAAGUCUCCUUAAGGCCAAAGUGCUGAGAACAGGAAUCCUCUUGGUGGGGGCCCAGCAUAGGGCGAGGAGCCCAGACCCCUCUCCCUGUCUUCUCCUUCCUGCUUGUGAACCUCUGUCUCCAACAGCAGAAACCUGGUCUUUAAACAGGGGUUUUUCUCUCCUUCUUGGCUUUCUUUUCUUAUUCUUCCAUAUACCAUUCUCAAUAAAGCCAAAAAUUCUCCUCUUUCCCCC